AUGGAAGGUGUAUAUUUCAACAUUGAUAAUGGAUACAUUGAAGGGAUCGUUAGAGGAUACAGAAAUGGACUUCUAACUGGUAACCAAUACAUCAACUUAACACAAUGUGAGACUCUAGAGGAUCUAAAAUUGCAGUUGUCCUCUACAGAUUAUGGUAAUUUUUUGUCUAGCGUGCCCCCAGAAUCUUUGACGACAUCUGUAAUUCAGGAGCAAGCCUCGGACAAGCUAUAUCAGGAGUUUAACUACAUUAGGGACCAAUCCAGUGGGAUCACUAAAACGUUUUUGGACUACAUCACCUAUGGUUACAUGAUUGAUAAUGUUGCGCUUAUGAUUACUGGGACUAUACACGACCGUGACAAAGCUGAAAUUCUGCCACGUUGUCACCCACUGGGUUGGUUUGAUACGUUGCCUACGUUGACCGUUGCAACAGAUCUAGAGUCUCUGUAUGAAACUGUGUUAGUUGACACACCCUUAGCACCAUACUUCCGUGAUUGCUUCAAUAGAGCAGACGAAUUAGAUGAUUUGAACAUCGAAAUUAUCAGAAAUAAACUUUACAAAGCUUACCUACAAGAUUUCUACAAUUUUGUCUCUAGGAAAACCGAUGAGCCUGCUCGUGAGAUUAUGCAAACUUUAUUGGGAUUUGAGGCCGAUAGGAGAAGCAUUAACAUAUCUUUGAAUUCUCUGCAAAGUGCAGACAUCGACCCUGAGUUAAAAGGAGAACUUAUGCCCGAUUUGGGUCAGCUUUAUCCUGUAGCUACCAGUCAGCUAGCGCAGGCUUCUGAGUUCGAAGCGGUCAGCGCAGCUGUCAACAGCGUUUAUGAGUACCGUGGCAUUCUUGAGUCCGGUAAUUUAGAGGAUCAUCUUUAUAAGCUAGAAAUGGAGCUUUGCAGGGACGCAUUUACUCAACAAUUCACUGUAAGUACAAUUUGGUCAUGGAUGAAAUCAAAAGAGCAGGAAGUUAGAAAUAUUACAUGGAUCGCUGAAUGUAUCGCACAGAAUCAAAGAGAAAGAAUAAAUAACUACAUUUCAGUUUAUUGA